AUGGACGCGCGCUCGAACACAGGGGACAGCACGGAUGCGAUAGUGAUGGAUGAUUCUCAAGAAGAAAGGGACACCCAGGAGGCUUAUCAUAGUGGGAUCCCGGUGCUGUCGCUGUGCCCCCCAGACAGCGUGUACCCGGAACCGAGCAAUCUGAAUGCCAUCCGAGCUGAGCGGGAGUUGUGCGACAGCUGCAGCAGCCUCAACGGACCUUCUUCAUCUGGCCAGCUUUAUCAUCAAGUUCCCACAGGUCAAACUCAGCUCCAUAAAUGCCCCCACUGCAGCCCCUACAAUGCUCUCAAGUCAAACAUGUGCUGCGAGUCAAACAGCACCAGCGGCCCUGACGCCGAGCCGGGUGCCGUGGGCCACAGCUGUAGUUUGACUCACGAGACACCUCGCCAGCACGGUCUGUCGAGGUGUCGCUGGCUGCACGGCUCCUGUGAAGGUGGCGCGCAAAAAGCCACGCAGCGGCACGUGGUGACAGUUGGGGACGGAGGCCUCGACUGCUUUGUGAGAAAUUUUUCCCAGAUGCUUGUAGACUACCCUUUAGAGGUUCUACUGGGAUGUGCUCUGCUGCUCCUUGCAUGUUCGCUGGCUGGCCUCUUCAUUGGACCGCUGCCGGAUUUCUCAGAGCCUCUGCUGGGCUUCGAGCCACGAGGGACAAACAUCGGAGUUCGCCAGUCCAGUUUGUCAAAACUGCAAGAAAACACUGGCCCGGGAAAACCAUUGUCGCUUUUGCCACAGCAGCUCAGUAAAAGCAGUGGAAGGGGACUACACAACAACUCUGGACUUCGAUUUAAGAGGAUGCUAGCCAGAGGCUUGACCUCGGAGUCAUUCCUCUGUGACGCUCCCGGCCAGCGUUUGGCGCAGCUGGUGUUCCGCUCAGAAAGCUCAGCCAGUCUGUGGAGCCUGAAAGCCAUCCACGCCAUGUGCGAGAUGGAACAAUCCAGGAUACGCUCCCAGGCUCUGUUCCAGGACGUGUGCCAGCAGCAUGUGAGAGGCGAGGCCAAGUCGGCAUCCAGAAGCGGCUGCUGUCCCAGCUGGUCUCUGGGAAAUUACUUGGCCGCCCUCACUAAUGCCUCCAGUUGCGCCGGCCUAACCUCACAACAGGUCUCGGAGGCACUUAACCUUCUCCGAAAGUGUGCACCUUACUACCAUGAUGGACAUUUAGUGGAGAGCUGUUUCCAGAGACCCAAAUACGGCAGCUGCACAAUUGUCCCGUCACGAUGCAAACAGUCCCGCAUCGUGUUCCAAAUCUUACACUUCCUGGUUGAUAAAGAUUUCCUUAGCCCGCAGACGGCCGAGUACCAGAUCCCGACUCUCAAGUACAGUCUUCUGUUUCUACCGGUGGAUAAGGGAGAACGCAUGAUGGAGAUCUACAUGAGGAGUCUGAAGGGAAGAGAUCUGACGUAUAAUAAUACGACAAUCACUGGAAUGGACCUCGGGAUCAAGCAGAUGCUAUUCAAGUAUUAUCUAGCAAGAGACUCAGUGUUCCCCGUCCUUGCAAUCAUUUCUCUUCUUAUCACAAUGGCUCUCUAUCUUCAUUCUCUUUUCAUGGUGGCAUUAUCUGUGUUAGCAAUCAGCGGGUCCCUCCUCACUUCCUAUUUCCUUUAUAAAGUAGCAUUUCGCCUUACUUUCUUCCCGCUGGUUAACCUCUCAGCAGCGCUUAUUCUAGUAGGAACUUGCUCCAAUCAAGUUUUUAUCUUUGCAGACUACUGGAAUAUGCAGCUGUCCCAGAAGCCCACAGCAUCCCUGGAGAAAAGAGUACACAGGGUUUUGCAGGAAAUGGGUUAUUUGAUUUUAGCUUCAGGGUUGACCUCGAGCGCGGCGUUUUGCUCCGGUUAUCUGAGCAGCAUCACGGCUAUCAGAUGUUUCGCCGUUUAUCUCGGAACCGCCUCGUUUAUCGGUUCCCUCUUGGCGCUCGUGUGGCUGCCCUGCGCUUUCAUCUUGCGUGAGCGUUACACGGAAGCAUCCGCUGCGCCGCGGGGAUGGAAGCCCUGCUGUGCUAAAAACUCCAGCGGCUUCUGGGAGGGGAGCUCACGCAAGAGGUGCCUUUUUACAUUCGGUCAGAAGCUGAGAGAACUCAAACGAGGUCUUGCCAACACGUCUAAUUUAGUGUUCCUCAAAAUCCUGCCUUGUGCGGUGGUGAAGUUCCGGUACAUCUGGGUGUGCUGGUUCGCGGUGCUGGCCGCAGGCGGCACGUACAUGUCCUGCUUCGAUCCCGGGAUGAAGCUGCCUACUCUAGAGAGUGGCAUCACUCAGCUUUUCCGCUCCAGUCACCCGUUUGAGAGAUACGAUGCCGAAUAUCGUCACAUGUUCAUGUUUGAGAGAGAGCUGAACGGAGAAGACAGGCCGGUGACGCUGACACUCGUUUGGGGCGUCAAACCGACGGAUAACGGAAAUCACUUCAACCCAAAAAGCAACGGCUCGUUGGUUCUCGAUCCUGACUUUACGAUGAGUCAACCCAGUGCUCAAGUCUGGUUGAGGGACUUGUGCGGACAUGUGCAGAACCAAAGUUUUUACUCUUCUCCGCCUGAAGACAAAGAUACAACAUUAGAUAUCUGUUUUAUUCAGCGGCUAUUACAGUGGAUCUCUCUCAGAAGGUGCUCUGAGAGCAAUGACGAACUCGGUAUUUGUUGCAAUAACGUCACUUUUCCCUUCCAUCCUCGUGUUUUCGAGAACUGCCUGAGCACGAUGUUGGCAGAGAGGUCCUCCGAGGGACAUUCGCCACACGGCGGGGGCGUGUACUUCCAACCAGAUGGCCGGAUCGCUGCUCUCGUGCUGGCGUUCAAAACCACGUAUCGCUACAGCUUCAACUUCAGCCAAACAAAUGUUUUCUACAGAGAAACCCUGGCGUGGUUCAACAAAGAAAUAUCAGGAGCUCCGCCAGGCUUGCAAAACGGCUGGUUCAUCAGUCAGCUGUCUCUUUACAACUUACAACAAUCUUUGAGCUCAGAGAUGUUGAUAAUCGCCGGGUCUUCCGUGUCGCUUACGUUUGUUUCGCUGCUUUUAACCACAUGGAAUAUUCCGUUAAGUAUGUACGGAACUGUGGCGGUAGGAGGUAGCCUAUUCGUCACUGUCGGACUUCUCGUUCUGCUGGAGUGGCAGCUAAGUGGCAUCGAGGCUCUCUUCAUCUCAUCUGCAGCCGGGUUAUCUGUUGAUUUUGUAGCCAACUAUUGUAUUUCUUACUGUUUAGCACCUCACUCCGACAAAAUAGGGAAAGUAGCGCAUUCCACCAAGAGGAUGGGAUGCCCUGUAGCAAUAGUUUCUGGUGCAUUUUUCUGCACCGGGAUCAUCAUGCUGCCUUCGACGGUCUUGCUGUUCAGGAAAUUGGGCAUUUUCUUAUUCUUGGUCAAAUGCGUAGCGUGCGGGUUUGCCACCUUCUUUUUCCAGUCACUGUGCUGCUUUUUUGGUCCUCGGAAAAACUGCGGGAGGUUUCCACUUCCUUGUUUGUCAGACCCGUCGGACGGUGUGCUGUCAUCUUGCUCAGGAGGAGAACCGGGCUCGUCCUCUACUAACGGGGCUAGAGCGAAGAAGUCUUAUGACAAAAAUGCAGGUGGUUACCUUUACCCAAACCAACAAAAACAGAAGGGAACAGGAGGUUCGGUCAGGGGGACGGAGCAGUACGAGCUGCAGCCUUUGGCCUGUCGACUGAGUGACAGUUUUGAAAACAGCACCUGUACUAGUAAGCUGUCCAAUAGGCCGUCUGUGCUGUCUGAUGAGAUCGAGUACUGCGGGAGGGACACGUUCUCGGACGGUGAAAGUGGAGAGAUGUGCAGUCGCCAAGCGCCUCACGCGCUACAGACCUCGUCUCCGUACAAAGAGAACCCGACGCGAUCUGACAUGGUCAUUGGCAAGAGGCUGUGUAAAACCUGCCAGGAUCGUUCAAAUACCUUGCAGCAGUGGACCGAUAAAACAUUUUCAACAUCCUCCAGUAUGGAUGAAAUUAUAACAAACACAGAUGAGGCCACAGGCCAGCCAUGUUUGUGCACAGAGGCGCAAACCAAAGAGGAACGACUUCUUCGGCCAUCCUCGCAGUCUGUGAGCUCCUGCGAGUUUCUAGAUGACUCUAACGAAACGUGUUUGAGCGACAUUGAACCCGGGCCUUCCAGUGGGCAGCAAAGCGACACUGACACUCAGUUGCAGCCCGGGCACCUGAACGGUAAAAGAGACACUCUGCGUCUCUCGCUCAGAGAGACUGUUUAUGAUGUGUGCGGUAAAGGUCAUAGCAGCCAGACUGAGGAAAUGGUCAUUUUACCAAACAGUAAGCCAGAUCUACCAGAUGUUUGGAUCAAGAGAGCUGGACAAGGAGAUGAUAUUCUUUAA